AUGGCUGUAAUUCCACCUCCCAAGCCACACGUCUUCGUCAUUCCUGGAGCCUAUCAUCCGGGUUCCGCUUUCAACCUAUUCAUUCAAUCACUCGAGGCAGCGGGAUUCUCUGCUGAAACAACUACAAACCGCAGUGCCGGUAACGCAGGCAUCACCGUACAAGACGACAUAGCACACGUGCAAUCUCUACUUAUCCCUCAGAUCGACGAAGGCAAGGACAUUGUUGUCGUCGCCCAUUCAUAUGGCGGUGUGGUUGGAUCGGGAGUCAUUGCCGGUCUGGACAAACGAGGCCGAGAAGCUCGAGGCUUGAAGGGAGGCAUCAUCGGGAUUAUUUGCAUCGCAGCUCUUAUGACCGCGCCGGAGAAGUCGAUUCUUGAGAUGAGGGGUGGAGGGGCAUGGUCACCAUGGCUCGAAUCCGAAGGCGUCACAUACACGAGGAACGAGAUAGAGACGUUUUACCACGACGUCUCUCCCGAACUAGCCAAAACCAUGAUAGCAAGUUUAACGUCACAGUCUGCGCUGUCAGUGCAAUCGAAACCUGCUGCAGUUGGCUGGCUAGAUAAUGUGUAUGAUGGCCGUCGCGCGUACAUUCGCUGUCUUCAGGACGGCGCGUUGCCUCUUGCGGCGCAGGAUGGCUUGCUUGCUCAGUCGGGGGUCGAAUGGAUCAUUAGGUCCUUGGAGGCUUCGCAUAGUCCGUACUUGUCGAUGCCGGAUGAGCUGACGAGCGUGGUGGCGGAGAUAAUAGCGGAGUUUGCAAAGAGCUAA